UGUGAAGCUUUGGCGGUGGCGGUGCUCCUGAGUGCUACGGCCGGGGGGGUGGGGGGUGGGGAGCUCGGGACUCUUUUCUCUCACACAGACCGCGGGGGAGCGGGGGGAUCAUGUCGACCCCGGCCAGGAGGAGGCUCAUGCGGGACUUCAAGCGAUUGCAAGAAGACCCACCUGUGGGUGUCAGCGGCGCACCAUCUGAAAACAACAUCAUGCAGUGGAAUGCAGUUAUAUUUGGGCCAGAAGGCACACCCUUUGAGGAUGGUACCUUUAAACUAGUAAUAGAAUUCUCAGAAGAGUAUCCGAAUAAACCUCCCACUGUUAGGUUCUUAUCAAAGAUGUUUCAUCCAAAUGUCUAUGCCGAUGGUAGCAUAUGUUUAGAUAUCCUCCAGAAUCGUUGGAGUCCAACGUAUGAUGUGUCCUCUAUUUUAACAUCAAUUCAGUCUCUGCUGGAUGAACCUAAUCCCAACAGUCCUGCCAAUAGCCAGGCAGCGCAGCUUUAUCAGGAAAACAAACGAGAAUAUGAGAAAAGAGUUUCAGCUAUUGUUGAACAAAGCUGGAAUGAUUCAUAAUAGACAACUGCUCUGUUCAUCCUCAUCAUCAUUGUUGUGUAUAAUUUACCUCUCAGUAGAAAGGCUACCAGAAAUUUUAAGUGCCACAGGUUUUAAGGAUUUGCAUACCUGAUGUGUCUGCAAAAAAGAAAAAAAAAAGCCCUUCAGUUUAGAACCUUUAAAAGCUUGUGUAUCUUGAUUAAUGUACUUUUUAUUGCAUGGUAUGAACUAAGUUAUUGCUACAUAAAUUUGUAAUAUAUCCUGUUUGUAUUUUUUUUCCAAGUGUAUAAUGUUGGUGUGAAGUUUUCAUGACAGAAUAUACACAUUUUGUAAAUCUGUACUUUUUUCAAAUAUUGAAUGCCUUAUUUUUGAAUUCUUUAGAUUUUUAAAUUGGAGAAAAGCACUUAAAAGUUUUUUAUAUAUAAAUAUUACAUGUAAAACUGUUAAAUACAUAACUUCAGUGCAAGAGACUUUGUCACUUAUUUCCUCAUCUGACUAGGAGGGAUUGAUGCAUAUGUAUCUCUCUCCAGUCGUUUAUAUUUGUUUUAUCUCUCCAAUUUCAAGGGAAUAGUACAUCCUCUCAAUAGUUUAUCAGGAAAUAUAAAUCAGAUGUGUACUUCUUCGACUGAAUAUCCAUAGUAAUUUCAUACCCCAGUUCUGAAUAUGCAUAUUAAUUACUCUUAAUAGAGUAAUCACUAUGUAGAGCUAUUUUGUUUCAUUAUGAUGCUUAAUUAUUGAAGGGUCACUCGCCUCUUUUGGUCAUUUCACUAAUUACCCUAGGAGAUUUGGUGAACUCUUGAUCUUACUACUUAUUAGCAGUUUUGGUGGAAAAUGGAAACUGUUGGCAUGAAUUUUUUAAAAAAUUAUAAAUAUACUUCCUAGUAGAAUGAUAAAUCAAGAACCAGAUUUUUGUUGUUUCAUCAAGGCAAAGUUUUGGAAAGGACUUAUUUAGCCUAUUUAAUGCUAACUUUUAAUAUAGGUCUAUAGUUCUUUUCCUGCCAAAACCAAACAUACUUCAGGGUCUUUUAAACUGCUCUAAUGGGGAGAAAAAAAAUCCCCCAAAUUGUACAAAAGCUAAUUGCACAUGAAGUUUUGCAGGAUCAUUAGAAGCCAAUAAUGCUUCAGAAAGCUAAAGCUAAAAUGUGUAAGAAUAAACGGGAAACAGCUUUCCAUA